UAAAAGCGAUUAUGGGUGGAGGAGUGGUGGAUGCAAAGAGCCCAAAUGAGGCGGAGGCUAUCGCGCAGACGUCUGCGGUAUAGUAGAGCUUGGAUAUACAUUACGGAUGUUAUGUAGAAUAGAAUUGCCAGUCACAGCUGCAGCCUGGAUUAAUGUUGCAACAUGCACUCGUCAACAUGGUGGACUUUGCUAUGCACAUGAUCGGUACCACCUCAUUAUUUCCCGGUAUCCAACAUCCCGCACUUCCCAAGUUGAAGUUCCUGGACGUACCGUUGAAGCUUCGAAGCUUGCUCGGCUGGAUUCGAAUAAAAAAGGAAAUCAAAACGGUGUCGUUGACAUGCAGUGCCUGGAAUUGGUUCAUGUCAUAUUCUCACUUCCUACAGGCUAACCUAGUAGCAGACAAAAUUCUAGUUUCUGUGUUCGGAUCCUUGAUUGUCAUGCAGGGAGGAUACUCAUACAUCCGCACGUUAAUCUCCUGGCUGAGGCUCACUGUCAAGACAACCGCAUUCAAGUCGUACAGAACUCUCCUCUCUGUUCUCCUGCGGAUGAUUCGACACUGUCAAUUCGUCCUUAAUGGAAAGGAGAGAUCUCUUCGGGAACAGAGUCUAGCAUUGAGCUCUCAGCUAGUGACCAACCAAGAUGGGUUGACGGCUUCUGUGACCCUCGCCGUGCCGCGGUUACCUGAAGCAGCUGUAACAACAUUCAAUUUCCAACUCCCGAGCUCAACCAAGGACCGGAUGGCGCGGCGUCUGGACAAUCCUUUGAUAUCAUUCUUACUCCCAUUGUGCCUGAACCACAGGUCAGCCGAUACGAGAGGAAUGUACAUGUUCAAGACAAGGAUGAGUCAUUUGAGAUUAAGAAAGGUCCUUUGGACUGUUCCGAGUAAGCAUGUUGAUGUGAGAGCUAACGACAAGAUUCAAAUGGGUUCGUAGGGAGCUUGCUGUGGUAGCAGGGUGGGAGCCGCUCACGCACCCUGAAGG